AAAGUUUACUGAACCAAAAAGAUUUUAAAUAUUGAACCUACCAACCGCCACCGGAAGCGAAAUUCAAUGGCCCCUAAACUGUUAUUCGGUAUAUACUUCCUCCUAUUUCCGAAUUCCAAUUCGGAGUAAAAUGACAGUCAGCUGCUUUCUAUCAAAAAUUAUAUUUAUUUUUUUUUUUUUACAAACCACACACAAAUCAAAAUCAACAAAAGACGACCAGGAAAAGAAAGAAUCUAAACAAAUGUCAAUUUUUAAAGCAAGAGUUAAAGAGUUUGAAGAUGCUCUUUCACAAGAAGAACUGGAAAUGAAAAAUUUAAGAAAUUUAUGCUUCCAUGGCAUUCCUGAUGUUAAUGGCUUUCGCGCUUUAUGUUGGAAAAUUCUCCUAGGUUAUUUGGGUCCAUCUAAAAGUUCGUGGACAUCCACACUGGCUAAAAAACGAGCUCUCUAUCGUCAAUUUAUUGAUGAACUAGUUGUUCCGCCCGGGUUAAUUGAUAUGAACGAAUGCCAUGACCAUCCUUUAAGCGAAGGUCCAGAAAGUGCAUGGAAUACAUUUUUCAAUGACAACGAAUUUUUACUGCAAAUCGACAAAGACGUUCGUCGACUUUGUCCAGACAUAUCAUUUUUUCAACAACCAACCGAUUAUCCAUGUGAAAUUGUUGUAAAUAGCAAAGGAGAGAGAAGACUCCAUCAACGUGUUGUUCCAUCUGUACUGAAUUCGGCAAAUGUGGAACGUAAAGGACUUGGAAUGACUAAGAUAAAUCUCAUCACAAAGCGUUCCACCGAAAAUUACGAAGCGAUGGAAGAAGGUCAAGAAGCGCACUGGGAAGUCGUCCAACGAAUUUUAUUUUUGUAUGCCAAACUUAAUCCAGGACAAGGAUAUGUACAAGGAAUGAAUGAAAUAGUUGGACCUAUUUAUUAUGUGAUGGCAUCAGAUCCCAAUAUAGAAUAUCGAAAAUAUGCCGAAGCAGAUUGUUUUUUCUGUUUCACAUCGCUUAUGGGUGAAAUUCGAGACUUUUUUAUAAAAACUCUCGAUGAUUCAGACUGUGGCAUAAAACAUAUGAUGGCCAGAUUAUCAACUAUGGUCAAACAAAAAGAUCCAGAUGUUUAUGAAAGAUUGAAGGAACAAGAAUUACAUCCACAAUAUUAUAGCUUUAGAUGGAUAACUCUAUUGCUGUCACAAGAAUUUCCACUGCCAGAUGUGGUUCGUAUCUGGGAUUCGGUAUUUUCCGAUGAAAAUCGUUUUGAUUUUCUCAUAAAAGUCUGCUGUGCAAUGAUAAUAAUUUUACGUGAACAAAUACUAGAAAACGAUUUUGGUUCGAAUGUGAAACUUCUGCAAAACUUUCCUCCUUUUGAUAUUAAUGUAGUCCUCUCUAGAGCAGUAUCGCUGGGUGACUAAACUAAAUUUUAUAUUUGAAUCUAAAGAUCUGUCUGUAUAUUUUGCAAUCCCUUGUCAAUUGUACAAAAUUUAGCCUCUAAGCAGUUUUAUCGAAUAAAAUUUUUUUAAGAAAACAAAAAAAAAAAAAAGAAAACAGAAAACAGAAAACACAAUCAAAAUUUAAGAUACAAUCCCCAAUUUUAUAGAUUUUAAUACAAAUUCUCAUUUUUUGCCAAGUAUAAUUGCUUUUAGGUAUGACAUUUUAUAUGAAUUUAUACCGCCUAUGAAAUAUUUUUACACUAUGGGACUAAGAAACAAGCGAAAUAAGUUUUUAGA